AAACCUUAAAUGGCAUCAACUCAGCAACAUUGCGAUAUAUGUGACCAUCGGCAUAUAACAAACCCGUCCACUGUCUGGUGUCCCGAAUGUGAACAAGGACUUUGUGACGAUUGCAAUGAUUAUCAUGGCUUUUCCAAGUCGUCCCAAAAUCACGUGACUGUAUCGAUUCGGGACUACUUGUCGAUGUCGUCAUCCAUUCCACAAACCAGUAAUAUGUGCAUGGAACAUAACGAACAAUACCAAAUGGUUUGCCAAGCUCACGAUACAAUCAUCUGUCCUAAAUGUAUUGAAAAUCAUGAUGGAUGCAAAGGGAUAAUUCCCUUAAGUAAGGUGACAGAAAACGUUAAAAAGUCCAUACUUUUCCAUGAAACACUACAAAGUUUGAAAGAUAAUAAUGCAAACAUCAAAACUCUACAGAACGAAUUAAAGAAACAACAAGGAAGUAUAAAGCAGCAAGAAGAAACUACGUUGUCCCAGAUCAGCGAUGCCAGGAAAAAGAUUAAUGACCAAUUUGACAAAUUGGAAAAGAAGAUCAGAGAUGAUAUAUCUGAGAUUACAGCAAAAAUAAAAAAUGAUAUAAACCACACUCUACAGAUCCUUGAAAAGAAGACUGAUAUCACAAAUAAAGCUGAACAACAGUUACAAGAUAUGGACAGGUACGCGACUGACCUUCAAACAUACUUUGGAUUGCGAAAGAUCUCAUCAGAGUUAGGUAGUAUUGAGUCCUACACACAGUCGCUCAUUGGAGACCACAGUGUGGAUGAAGUUACUUUACUCUUAAACAUCGAUGACAAAAUAGACAACAUUACCAAGAAUACCGGAUCGUUUGGUUUAGUAAAAGUGCAGACUGGUCCUUGUGCACUUGCCCUGGUCACACACAAAAAUAAACAAGCUCAAUCAAAUCUUAAAGGCAUGGGAAUUAAAUUAAUUACUGAAGUUAAAUUCAGACUGGCUAAAAAAGUCCAAACUGAUCUGAAAUCUAUUAGGGGAAUCGUUGUUCUGCCUUGUGGAAAUUAUGUUUUAAGUGACUAUCACUCAACUGCCGAAAGUGUAUGCAUAUUCAGUACUGAUUGGAAAAGACUUAGUUAUAUCUCAGUAAAGCCUGCAUAUGCAUCUGAUGUAACGUUUAUAGACGAUAAAACGGUAGUUGUAGCGUCAAACAAUCGUCAAAAGAAAGGUGUCAAUUUUAUAGAUAUAGAUACGAAAACAAUUAAUUAUAUUCCGACAGAUUACGAAUGCUGUGGAUUAAUAUCCUACAAUGGAUCACUGUUUAUCUGUGCAUCCUCAAAGGGUUUAUUCAAAUUAAACCCACAAGACGGAAGUAGUACAGCUAUAGUACAGUUUAAUUUAUCUACAGGACUUGAGUCAUACAUUGAGAUGUUCGGUAACAAUCUUUAUUAUACUAAAGCUAAAACUGUUAGCUGUUGUGACAUAAACGGCAAAGCAAUCUGGACGUUUGAAGAUGAGAAUAUUUUAAGACGUCCUCGUGGCAUAGCAGUAGAUAACAGCGGAAACGUGUACGUAACUUGUUCAAUGUUACAUCGAGUAGUAGUAUUGUCUCCUGAUGGUCUUCAAAACAGACAAGUUUUAUCUCAUGAUGACGGAUUGAAAAGUCCUAUUGCGAUACAUUUCGACAGAAAAAACAAUCGUCUUUUGGUUGCAAAUGAAAACUUUACUGUGAUGGUAUAUGAAGUUAUAUAA